UUAAAGGUUCAUUCGUCGUUUGUCAAGUGAGUUGUGAACAACGUGUUACAUUUGAUUUUGGAAAACGUGGAUCAAUAGCAGAAGAUAUGUAUUUUGCAAUGGUAGCAAUGUCAAAAGGAUAUCGAUUUGGUUGGAUUGAAGGUGAAAUGUGGGAAAAAUCACCAUUUACAUUUUGGGAUUUUAUUCAGCAACGUAAACGAUGGAUUCAAGGCAUUAUUCUUAUUGUUCAUGAUAGUAAAUUACCAUUAGGUGUAAGAUUUUGUUUAGGAAUUGGAUUAUAUGCCUGGCUUACUGUACCCUUAACAACUUCCAAUAUUUUUCUUACUCCAUUGUGUCCCAUAGCUCUUCAUCCGAUUGUCAAACUUUUAGUCGGAUAUAUUGCAGCAGUGACCAUUUAUCUAUAUUUACUCGGUGCUGUGAGAUCGUUUAGUUUAGCACGUCUAGGCUACUUUCCAUUUAUUCUUCGUGUUGUAGGUGCACUGGGAACGAUACCUAUAGUAGCGAUCUGCGAAUGUAUCGCGAUUAUUUGGGGUGUUCUAACACCCAAAAAUAAAUUUUAUGUUGUUAAUAAACAAAUCGCACAAAUUUUAGUUUAA